GCUCCGCCCGGCAUUCGCGCCGUGGCUUCCACGACCGGUGUACCUGUCACGCAGCUAACCUCGUGCGCGCUGACCGUAACGUCUCCCGAGAGACGGCGUACGUUGUAACUGUCCACAACAAUCUCGGUGGUGUAAAAAUAAAGCCGUCGACAGACGGCGGCGUCCCAAGUUAUAUUUAAAUGAUAGCGCAGAAGCGGGGCCCGGCUCGACUCGAACUCCCGACGACAUGAGACUAAGAAGUGUGGCCGUGCUGCAGUGCGAGUGCUCGGGCCCGAGGGCGUGCCCCGACGGCUCCUCCAACGGCACGUGCACCACCCAGCCCGGGGGGUACUGCUUCGUGGCCGUGGAGGAGGUGCUGGACGACUACGGCGCCGUCGUCAGAGACAGGACCACCGGCUGUCUGCCGCCUGAAGAAGCUGGGUUUAUGCAAUGCAAGAGUUCACAAGUGCCGCACCAGCACCCGAAAGCCAUCGCGUGCUGUAACGACGGAGACUUCUGCAACCGUCCGCUGCAGCCGCAGCUGCCCGAGCCGCCGCCCGACGUCACCGAGGCGCCCGCGCCGCGCCCGCAGCUCCCCGGCAGCCCCACCAUCUUGCUCGCGGCCGCUCUCUGCAUCGCCCUCGUAGCGUUCGUCGCCGCCUUCGUGCUCCUCUUCCGGCGACGGCGACGCGGCUGCAAGCGACCCCCGACCCCGCCGACCAUCUCGCACACCUCUGAAAUAUCCUCGGGCUCCGGAUCCGGCCUGCCUCUGCUCGUCCAGAGAACGGUGGCUAAACAAAUACAAAUGGUCGAGUCAAUCGGCAAGGGACGCUACGGCGAGGUCUGGCUGGCGAAGUGGCGCGGCGAAAAGGUCGCCGUCAAGGUCUUCUUCACGACGGAAGAGGCUUCCUGGUUCCGCGAAACUGAAAUAUACCAGACUGUACUCAUGCGACACGAGAAUAUCCUCGGAUUCAUCGCCGCAGACAUCAAGGGCACGGGAUCGUGGACUCAGAUGCUGCUCAUCACGGACUAUCACGAGAACGGAUCCCUACACGAUUAUCUUCAAACUGUCGUGUUGGAUACGCACAGUAUGAUGACCAUGGCGUACUCUAUAGUCAGCGGGCUCGCGCACCUGCACAUGGACAUCUUCGGCACGAACGGCAAACCGGCGAUAGCGCACCGCGACAUUAAGAGCAAGAACAUUUUAGUGAAACGGAACGGGCAGUGCGCGCUCGCGGACUUCGGCCUGGCGGUGCGCUUCAUCGCGGAGCGGAACGAGGUGGACAUCGCGCCCAACACGCGGGUGGGCACGCGCCGCUACAUGGCGCCCGAAGUGCUCGACGAGAAACUGGACGUGACCAACUUCGAAGCGUUCAAAAUGGCCGACAUGUACUCCCUCGGGCUGGUCCUGUGGGAGCUGGGCCGGCGCUGCGCGACGGGCGACAAGGGGCAGUACGUGGAGGCGUACGCGCUGCCCUACCACGAGCACGUGCCGCCCGACCCGUCCUUCGAGGACAUGCACGCGGCGGUGGUGCGGCGCGGCGCCCGCCCCCCCCUCCCCGCGCGCUGGCUGCGCGCCGAGCCGCUGGCGGCGCUGGCGGCGGUGAUGGCGGAGUGCUGGCACGCCAACCCGCCCGUGCGGCUCACGGCGCUGCGGGUCAAGAAGACUCUCUCCAAAUACGUCACGGAGACCACCAUCAAGCUGGUGUGACGGUGUACAUGUGUUCUGUUCCUGUAAAUAUGUGACGUUACGUGACUGAUUCGUGUUCCUCGAUAUGUUUCUAUUUAUUUUUACGUGAAUCACAAGCCCCACAGCGACCCCGACGAUGCGAAUCCUGAUUCUGACCGACCACCGUUUAUUUAAAUCUCAGUAUUGUUAAGUUAAUUCGGAUACCAGUGAAACGAUUUCGUCAAGUUAUCGGUACGGACUUAUGAAAUCGACGGUCCUUCCGGAAUCUCGGUAACUGUAAUGAGUUAUAGUUAUUUGUAUUUUGUUUCAUAGAAUAUAUACGAAGGGUUUUUGUAUAUUGAAAAUUUGUUGUCUUCCGUUUUGAUAAGAAUAGGUGAAUCGCGACGAGGCAGCUCAGAUAAUACUCUGGUUUUGUUUCUAAAAUGGUUUGAAUUCCAAUUUGAGAUGCGACGAAUUAAUAAUAGUAAUAAAUGUUGCUUCACAUAAUUAAAUGAUGGUACUGGUAUUCCUCUUAACUAAAUUUUCAUGUCAAAUCUUUCAAAUUCUACCUGACUCGCCCAAUCUUGGGUAACUAUUCCUUGGCGAACCCUGGGCUCCUUUCCAGGAAGGAAGAAACCAGGACAAAUGCAAGGAUAAUGACAAAGUUCCACGUGAUUUACUUUGCAUAUUCAAUUAUUGUCACUCAUUCUUGUCACAUCGCAAAUUCGAAUUCAAACUUAAGCGUUAACGACGCAACGUGUGUAGUACUUGUUACUGUUACUUGUAGCGAGUUGUAUUGUGAUAUUUCGACAAUAAGAUACAUAAUGUACAAACAAAACAUUCAAAAUUGAACAUUACUCACAAAUAGCAAUAGUUAUGUUCACUUUCUAACGAAGCGCCAUUGUAGUUCGUACUUAAAUUUCGAUGAAAAGACUUAUGGUAGUGCGAGUAUUAACCCUACAAUGCAUGAUUUUUUUAAAUGUUGUCAUUAAAAUAUAUGUGGUUCUAUAUAGCGUCUAGACAUAAUAAAUGAUAAUAAUAAUAAUAAAAAAAUAUUAUUUAAGAAGAUAUUUAUUUUUUUAAAUCUGUUCCAUAUGUGGUACAGUAUGCAUUAACACUAAUAUUUGGCUCAUAAUCAGGAACAAUGAACACAAUCAUAUAUUUAGUUUUAUAGUUACAGUUACUCUACUUAUUGAUGAAAUUUAUAAAAACAAUUGUUGUCUUUGUUCAAACACAACUCAACACGACACUUUUCGCAAAAAAUAUAAGUUUUCCCUUUACAUUGUGGAUAUCUACAGCGUUGUCUUUUCUGGUUCCAUAUAGGCAGAUGAUCAAAUUUAUCCAGUCUGACAUCUCGAGGGGGAAGGAUUGCUGCAUUUCUUUUUUUCUUCUUCUCCAACGCGUCGUCAGUGGCAGAAGACGGUCUUCCUCUUUUUUUUUUGUAAUGAUGGUCCACUCAUACAAAGACUUUUAGCGAUUUCCAGUUUAAAAUCUUUUAAUUUAAUCGCACUUGGCUCAUUCUUCUGUUCUCCCACCCUCUUGUUUAGAAGCCAGCUAUUUAUUGUGGCAAUGUCUAGAAAAUGGUAAAACAAACGCAGAUACCAUUUUCUAGUACGCAUUCUUAUUUUGUAUUUUCCAAGAAAGGAGUCUAACAAAUCCACUUCCCCCAUAUGCUGAUUGUAGAUUUUUACUAUUUUAGGACAAUCCACUUCAAUGUAUUUUUUUUGUUUCUUGCAAUACCGGCUAACCUUUUCAAUGGGCUGUUGCCCUACAAAAGAUGAAGACAAAACUACAGGCUUAUUAUCAUACCACAUCACUGUGCCAACUUCCGUGCCAUCUACAUCAGCUACCCAUUCUUCUGAAUGGCCUCGUUCUGUUUUAGUACUCUUCAAGUCUUUCAGGGAUGGGAUUUUCAAAUCUUUGCCCAGUCGACCUUUGUUUACCGUUCCAAGUGACUGGAUACCAGCCUGUAAAGAUUUCUUUUUCCAUAUUAAAUUUCUUUUCUUUCUUUCCGAAAUCCGAUUUCUGGUAACUGGCAUAGUGAUAGAACUUCUACUUUGGCGUGAUGACGUACUUGGCUCUGAAAUGUUGGGUCGAGGAUUUAUUUCGGCGGAGGAGUUGUUUUCGGCGAGGGUAGUACUACAGUUAGUAGAAGAUGAUGGUGCAUACCUGGUAGGCUCAAUAUCAUUUUCAGAGUCACUAUCUGCACUCAUUUGGUUCAAGUUUUCCCUGAUUCUCGCCAUGUCAUCAUCACUUUCCGCACUUGAAAAGUCUAGACCGUCUUCACUCCCUGAGGGUAUAUUUAAAUACUGCUCAAUAUACUCGUCAGAUAAUACCUUCUUCGCCAUAAUCUGUAAUGAAAUCAAACCGAAACAACAUAUUAGAAGUGAAUUAAUGCAUGGUGUACCAUAUCUGGAACAUUUAAAUAAGUUGGUAUUUUUACAUAAAAUAGUAAUAUUUAAAAAAAAUAUUACUUACCUUCGUUUAUUAUACACUGUUUCUAAUGUAAAUAUAUUUUUAUCCGCUUCAAAAUCUUACAAAAACUAUUUUAUUUAGAUUUUUCAAUUUACGUAAAACACGAACUCGCAUCGAUCAUUCAAACUCUGUAAGAAUCACAACAUUAUUCGAUAGCUAACGCCAUCUAGUGACAUUUGCAAUUACUAAAUCGUUGCUAAGUGUUUAAAGAUUAUUCCGUCGGUCGAUAAAUGUUGCUACGUAUCUUUAAACGAACAGUGGACUUAUUUAUUUUAUCUGUACCAGAUGUGGAACUGUAUGCGCUGUAGGGUUAAUGUAUGAGAAGUGUUUAGCGUGUCAUAGGAAGCCUUCGCCACGAUUAGUAUUAAUUCACAUGGUUUCUUGCGUUGCCCUCGGUCUGACGUCAUUGGAAAUUAGCGCGCCUAAAAAUCAAUCACUUGUUUACAUACAUACAUAAAAUCGCGCCUUUUUUUUCAAGGGAUAAGCAGAGACUAAACCUUCCCACCCCGAACUUUCCAUAGACAUUCCUUGUAUAUUUGUUUAGUCAAACCAUCUUAACAUAGCGUUUACAUUACUUCUUAUACUCACUAAGGCUGUUAAAUUAUUUGAAUGCUUACUCCGGCAGCCAUUUUCAGCUCGCACAGGAAAUAAAGCUCUGUGGUGUGUAACAAUUAUCUAGAGAAUUUUACUAUAUUGCAUCUGUUUUAAAGUUUCGUAAUUCCCGUAAGAAUGGCCCCGUUAACAGCUUAUUAUGUGAGACCGAGCGGCCGCGUGGCAUUUAGUGCGCCUGCGUCGCGCCCUGUACAGUGUACUGUAAAUAUAGCUGUAGAAACAUUGCAUAGGUAAUACAUGUUGAUAGAUAAGAUAUAAAUAAAAUAUUAAUGGACGUACA